CCCGCAGGGCGAACCCUAUAAAAUCCUGGGGAACUGGGUCCCUCCAGCCGCUCUCGGUUCAGUCCAACUUCAAGGUCAACAGGUCCUGCGCCAGGGGUCCUCUCCGGAGAGUAGCUUGCCAGCCAUGGCCCAGGAGCUGUACCACCCGGAGUUCUCCCGGGCGGGCAAGAAGGCGGGGCUGCAGGUCUGGAGGAUCGAGAAGCUGGAGCUGGUGCCGGUGCCCCGGAGCGCUUACGGCGACUUCUACGUCGGGGAUGCGUACCUGGUGCUGCACACGAGCAAGGCGUGCCGCGGCUUCACCUACCGCCUGCACUUCUGGCUGGGAAGGGAGUGUUCUCAGGAUGAAAGCACAGCAGCUGCCAUCUUUACUGUGCAGAUGGAUGACUAUUUGGGUGGCAAACCAGUGCAGAAUAGAGAACUUCAAGGCUAUGAAUCUACUGAUUUUGUUGGCUAUUUCAAAGGAGGUCUGAAAUAUAAGGCCGGAGGUGUGGCAUCUGGACUAAAUCACGUUCUCACCAACGACCUGACCGCCCAGAGGCUCCUGCACGUGAAGGGUCGGAGAGUGGUCAGGGCCACGGAAGUUCCCCUGAGCUGGCACAGUUUCAACCAGGGCGACUGCUUCAUCAUUGACCUUGGCACUGAAAUUUACCAGUGGUGUGGUUCCUCAUGCAACAAAUAUGAGCGCCUGAAGGCCAGCCAGGUGGCCAUUGGCAUUCGGGACAAUGAAAGAAACGGAAGAUCUCAACUAAUUGUGGUGGAAGAAGGAAAUGAGCCAUCAGAGCUUAUAAAGGUUUUAGGGAAAAAGCCAGCGCUUAGCCAUGGAGAUGAUGACGAUGACACCAUAGCAGACAUAACUAACAGGAAAAUGGCUAAACUCUAUAUGGUUUCAGAUGCCAGUGGGUCCAUGAGGGUGACCCUGGUGGCAGAGGAAAACCCCUUCUCCAUGGCCAUGCUGCUUUCUGAGGAGUGCUUUAUUUUGGACCACGGCGCUGCAAAGAAGAUUUUCGUAUGGAAAGGUAAAGAUGCUAAUCCCCGGGAAAGAAAGGCUGCAAUGAAGACAGCUGAACUAUUCCUAGAUCAAAUGAACUAUUCCACCAAAACCCAAAUUCAAGUUCUUCCAGAAGGAGGUGAAACACCAAUCUUCAAACAGUUCUUUAAGGAUUGGAGAGAUAAAGAUCAGAGUGACGGCUUCGGGAAAGUGUAUGUCACAGAGAAAGUGGCCCAAGUAAAACAAAUUCCAUUUGAUGCCUCAAAGUUGCACAGUUCUCCACAAAUGGCAGCCCAGCACAAUAUGGUGGAUGAUGGCUCUGGCAAAGUGCAGAUUUGGCGUGUGGAAAGCAGCGGUAGGAUCGAAAUUAACCAAAAUUCAUACGGUGAAUUCUACGGUGGUGACUGCUACAUUAUACUCUACACGUAUCCCAGAGGACAGAUUAUCUACACAUGGCAAGGAGCCAAUGCCACGAGAGAUGAGCUGACGACAUCUGCAUUCCUGACUGUUCAGUUGGACAGAUCCCUGGGAGGACGUGCUGUGCAGAUUCGAGUCUCCCAGGGCAAAGAACCUGCUCACCUGCUGAGUUUGUUCAAAGACAAACCGCUCAUUAUUUACAAGGAUGGAACAUCAAAGAACGGAGGGCAGGCACCUGCUGCCCCCACGCGUCUCUUUCAAGUCCGGAGAAACCUGGCAUCCAUCACCAGGAUCGUGGAGGUAGAUGUGGAUGCAAAUUCGUUGAAUUCCAACGAUGUUUUUGUCCUGAAACUGCGACACAAUAAUGGCUACAUCUGGGUAGGAAAAGGUGCCAGCCAGGCGGAGGAGAAGGGGGCGGAGCACGUGGCCAGUGUGCUCAGAUGCAAAACCACACGGAUUAAGGAGGGAGAGGAGCCAGAGGAGUUCUGGAAUUCCCUCGGAGGGAGAAAGCACUACCAGACCUCUCCCCUGCUUGAGAGCCAGGCUGAAGACCACCCGCCUCGGCUGUACGCCUGCUCCAACAAAACCGGAAGGUUCAUUAUUGAAGAGGUCCCAGGAGAGUUCACCCAGGAUGAUUUAGCAGAAGAUGAUGUCAUGCUGUUAGAUGCUUGGGAACAGAUUUUUAUUUGGAUUGGCAAAGAUGCCAAUGAAGUUGAGAAGACAGAAUCUCUGAAGUCUGCCAAAAUGUACCUUGAGACAGACCCUUCUGGAAGAGACAGGAGGACGCCAAUUAUCAUAAUAAAACAGGGCUAUGAGCCACCCACAUUCACAGGCUGGUUUCUUGGCUGGGAUUCCAGCAGGUGGUAAACUGGCUUUUGGAGGAAUAAGCAAACAAACACUAUGGCUGUCCCAUUGCUGUUGGGGUUGGGGGAGGGCGGUUGUUUAUUUGACUUUAGAAAAUUAACCUCAGCUAUAUGGCUAUUUUUUAAUGCCUAGGAUUGGUUUGAAAUUCUUUUUAAACUGGAAUUUUCUGAUGUCAAUAGAUAACCAAAACUAAACUUUUGUUAUGGACCACUACUGGCUCUGCUUGAAACUGAUUUAUGUAUUUUUAUAUGAUGUAUAAAGGUGAAAAGCUAGGCACAAGCUAGGGGAGUUUGUCGGAAAAUUUUAGUAUUCAGGAGCCAUUAGCCAAACUUGUUCUUUAACGUGCCAGAGAAGACAGCCAUAAUGUUUCUUAGGUUCUUCUCCUUUCUAUGUCUUCAAACAAGGACUAUAUUUGCAAUAAAGUUUAUGUUAUUAUGGCUUUAAAAGUUUGUUUUCCUUUUUUAGCCAAUGUGAUUUUGAUGCCAUUAACUCCUAAGUGUCAUUUUCCGAGAGAAACUUCACCUCUUUUGCCUUUUUAAAAGCCUUUGAAAGCACAGCUCUUUCAUGACAAAACAAUUUGUAUUCUGUUCCAUAUAUACAUAUAUAUACAUAUAUAUACAUAUAUAUAUUUGAAAGUACAUGUUUAUCAUACCCAAAAAAUAUGUACAAAAGCACUUCACUGAUACAGUCUUCCAUCAUUAAAAUACAUCUUUUUGAAAAAGUA